AUGGAGCAGGAUCCCAAGCCGCCCCGUCUGCGGCUCUGGGCCCUGCUCCCCUGGCUGCCCAGGAAGCAGCGGCCCAGAAUCAGCCAGACCUCUCUGCCUGCUCCUGGCCCUGGCUCUGGCCCCCAGCAGGACUUGGAUGAGGGUGUCCUCAAGGAGAUCGCCAUCACGCACCAUGUCAAGGCUGGCUCAGAGAAGGCUGAUCCAUCCCAUUUUGAGCUCCUCAAGGUUCUGGGCCAGGGAUCCUUUGGCAAAGUCUUCCUUGUGCGGAAGGUCACCCGGCCUGACAGUGGGCACCUGUAUGCCAUGAAGGUGCUGAAGAAGGCCACACUGAAAGUGCGUGACCGUGUUCGGACCAAGAUGGAGAGAGACAUCCUGGCUGAUGUAAACCACCCAUUUGUGGUGAAGCUGCACUACGCUUUCCAGACUGAGGGCAAGCUCUAUCUCAUUCUGGAUUUCCUGCGUGGCGGGGACCUCUUCACACGGCUCUCAAAAGAGGUUAUGUUCACGGAGGAAGAUGUGAAAUUUUACCUGGCCGAGCUGGCUUUGGGCCUGGACCACCUGCACAGCCUGGGCAUCAUUUACAGAGACCUCAAGCCUGAGAACAUCCUUCUGGAUGAGGAGGGCCACAUCAAACUCACUGACUUUGGCUUGAGCAAGGAAGCCAUUGACCAUGAGAAGAAGGCCUACUCCUUCUGCGGAACGGUGGAAUACAUGGCGCCCGAGGUCGUCAACCGCCAGGGCCACACCCACAGUGCAGAUUGGUGGUCCUAUGGGGUGUUGAUGUUUGAGAUGCUGACGGGCUCCCUGCCCUUCCAGGGGAAGGACCGGAAGGAGACCAUGACACUGAUCCUGAAGGCAAAGCUGGGCAUGCCCCAGUUUCUGAGCACGGAAGCCCAGAGCCUCCUGCGGGCCCUGUUCAAGCGGAAUCCUGCCAACCGGCUCGGCUCCGGCCCUGAUGGGGCAGAGGAAAUCAAGCGACAUGUCUUCUACUCCACCAUCGACUGGAAUAAGCUGUACCGUCGAGAGAUUAAGCCACCCUUCAAGCCAGCGGUGGCUCAGCCUGAUGACACCUUCUACUUUGAUACUGAGUUCACAUCUCGCACACCCAAGGAUUCCCCAGGCGUCCCCCCCAGUGCUGGUGCCCACCAGCUAUUCCGAGGCUUCAGCUUUGUGGCCACUGGGCUGAUGGAGGACGAUGGCAAGCCUCGGGCCAUGCAGGCACCACUGCACUCAGUGGUACAGCAACUCCAUGGGAAGAACCUGGUUUUUAGUGACGGCUACGUGGUAAAGGAGACAAUUGGCGUGGGCUCCUACUCUGUGUGCAAGCGUUGUGUCCACAAGGCCACCAACACGGAGUAUGCUGUUAAGGUCAUCGACAAGAGCAAGCGGGAUCCCUCUGAAGAGAUAGAAAUUCUUCUGCGGUACGGACAGCACCCCAACAUCAUCACCCUGAAAGAUGUAUAUGAUGAUGGCAAACACGUGUACCUGGUGACAGAGCUGAUGCGGGGUGGGGAGCUGCUGGACAAGAUCCUGCGGCAGAAGUUCUUCUCAGAGCGUGAGGCCAGCUUCGUCCUGUACACCAUCAGCAAGACUGUGGAAUAUCUGCACUCACAGGGGGUUGUACACAGGGACCUCAAGCCCAGCAACAUCCUCUAUGUGGACGAGUCUGGGAACCCGGAGUGCCUGCGCAUCUGCGACUUUGGUUUUGCCAAGCAGCUGCGGGCUGAGAAUGGGCUCCUCAUGACACCUUGCUACACAGCCAACUUCGUGGCACCUGAGGUGCUGAAGCGCCAGGGCUACGAUGAAGGCUGUGAUGUCUGGAGCCUGGGCGUUCUGCUGUACACCAUGCUGGCGGGAUACACUCCAUUUGCCAAUGGGCCCAGUGAUACACCAGAGGAAAUCCUGACCCGGAUCGGCAGUGGGAAGUUUACUCUCAGUGGGGGAAAUUGGAACACAGUUUCAGAGACAGCCAAGGACCUGGUGUCCAAGAUGCUGCAUGUGGACCCCCACCAGCGCCUCACAGCUAAGCAGGUCCUGCAGCACCCAUGGAUCACCCAGAAAGACAAGCUGCCCCAGAGCCAGCUUUCCCACCAGGACCUGCAGCUUGUGAAGGGAGCCAUGGCAGCCACGUACUCUGCACUCAACAGCUCCAAGCCCGCCCCCCAGCUGAAGCCCAUCGAGUCAUCUAUCCUGGCCCAGCGGCGGGUGAGGAAGCUGCCGUCCACCACCCUGUGAGAGGCAGGGCAUCCAGGCCGCAGGGCGGUGCUAGCUGGAUAGAGACAGCAGUCUUCCCAGAGGGAGCAGGCCUGAGUCACAGGGCCAGGGAGAGCUGGAGCCCUGAGGGGCCUGGGAAGCAGCCAGCCCUGACCACCCCCAGUGAGGGUGUGAGAAGUGCCUUCUCCUUCCCCACGAUGGACUCUUCUCGGCUCAGGCUCUGCUGGUUGAAUUCAAUUCACUGUACAAACUCUUAACUUUUUGUAAAGAAGAAAAUGGCAUCAACCACCAUGGAUUUUUACAAGAUCCAUUUGCCUUUCUGGGAGCAGACAUAGCCUGUGCUGCCCCAGCAGGGACACUGAGUCACACAGGCUCUCUGAGGCUGGGACUCCUUAGAGCAGCUUUGGGGUCUUACCCUGGGAACCUCCAUGGUUGGCCAUCUGUAGCCAUCUGCACACGCCUCUAAAGCAGUCCAGUGUCACCUCUCAGAGCCAUUGGCCAUUCAGCAGAACUCACUCUAUCCCCAGCCAGCUCCUUUUCCGUUCUGUUCUGCUGGGGGUGUCUAGAACCACUUCCUGCUAGAGGAGAGGACCAACGCCCUGCCGGCUCCCAGCUCCAGGCACCAGCAUCCUCAUCGGCCCCGCCAGUGGGUCCUCUGCAGUCAGGCUGGGCAGCCCCAGGGAGAGGCUAUGGAGAGCACUUUUUGGCCGCCUUCUGUUGGGGUCUGCCACAGGACAGAGUUCACAGGAGACCAGGGGGCAGGCCAUGAGGAGCAGGGGCUUUUUCAUUUCUUUCUCAGCUGGUAACUCAGGGUUCA